UAUUGCUCCUAGAUAGUACGAAGAUGGCUGCUAGAUUGUAUUCAUUGUCUUUCAAAACGUGAACAUGAGUGAGGUAAAUAAUUUACAAAGAAAAAGUUCUAAUAAGUACGACCCACCAGAUGGCAGCUAUGGAUAUAUGAUAUGUUUGGCCUUCACUGUAAUAAUGGUGAUAUUAAUGGGCUAUCACGAGUCAUACUCAACGAUAUUUAAAGAUAAAUUCUACGAUUUGGAAAUGGACGCAAGUAUAGCGGUGCUAAAGUAUGUUAGCGCGUUGUGUAUUGCUGUUUCUGGUAUGUUUACAAGUAAUCUCCUUAAGUUGAUGACUAUUCGAAAGUUGGGAUUUAUCGCGGUGGUACUCUACAGUGCGGGAUCAUUCUGUACGGCUUUCUGUAGAUCAAUUGUGAUUUUGUUCAUAUUCCAAGGAGUUCAGAACCUUGGACACGGAAUUCUAUUCAAUUUAUCGUUCACCAUCUUGACCCAAUACUUUGUGAAAAAGAGGUUAUUCAUUAUAAGUUUAGCACAGAGCAUAGUUGCGGCAACAGGUUUUGCAAUACGUCCGUUGGUAAAAUGGACGCUGAACCACUACGGGUGCCAGGGUACGCUUCUCAUGAUAACAGCGAUCAGCUUACACAACCUGGCAGCUGUGGCUCUCAUGCAACCAGUCGCAUGGCAUCAGAAGAAAGUACCUGAGAACAAAGAAAUUGACACAAAUGCACCUGCAAAUGAGGUCAGAACGAGGAGAUCAAGACUUCCACCAGGUGCGGCAAGUUUUGAAAGCACAACUUCAUCGCAUAGAACCAAAUCACCAGAAUUGAGUGGUAGAGUGAGAGAGAAAUUAUUGAACAAAGUAUUAGACGGCGAUCUUCGGCAGUUUGUAAUUUCAAACGCUUGUAUGGGGCUUUCACUUUGCUUAUAUUCUGAUGUCAUAUACUUCAAUAUGUUAUCACCAGCUUUAUAUUAUAUGGGAUGGAACGAGAAUUUAGUAGCAAAGGCUCUAUUACUUUUUACUCUGGGAAACAUUAUUACAAGAAUAUUAUUCACCGUUUCAACAAAAUGGCUCACAAAAGUUGGAAGCCAUGAGUUAUACGUCAUUGGAUUAUUGAUCGCUGCUUUAUCACGGCUUGGAAUGCUUUGGUCAGACAAUAGGCCUAUUAUGUUGACAUUCAUAGUAGUAAUGGGGGCAGCAAGAUGUAGUCUGAUUGUACUUCAUCCUAUAGUGAUAGCAGACUCAGUCACACCUGAAAAUUUCUCUAGAGCGAUGGGUAUAUCCAUGUUAAGUUAUGGAGUUGUUAAUGUUAUUCUUGGUCCCAGUAUGAAUGCAGUUCACGAACUAACAGACAGUUACCCUACAAUCUUUUACAUUCUGACAUCGUUUUUCGCCGCUGUCGUAGUUUUCUGGACGAUCGAAUUAGUUUACAAGAAGAGCGAACACAAAAGACGACCGAUACGAUGUCGUUACGACAAAUCCCGCUUUAAAUACGAUCAGAUAAAAAACAGCAUUUAAAAUAUAAUAAUACCUAUUGUUUUACAUUAAUAAAAUUAUACAACAUAUUAAAAUAACUUGACAAAAGUAUUUAGGUUGGUUCUUUUGAUUGUUCCAAGGCAAACGAUAAGUUAAGGCAAAGGUAAUAUCUAUAUAUAUAUAUAUAUAUAUAUAAAAUGAAAAUGGUCUUUGUUUGAGGCUCUUUCACGCCUAAACCCUUGAUCGUAUCGACAUGAAACUACCACCAUUCGAUGCAAAAUUUAUCCUAGAUGGUUUAUGGCUACUUAUUUUUCCAAUUCCUUCAUGGAUUUAUUUUCCUUUUAAAAUUCGCCCAGCGAAGCAGGCGGGAACGGCUAGUAUGCUAUAAGAAUGAAGAUCUCCUGUACACUCAUAAACAUAUUAGCCAAUUUAAAAAUGGUCAACAAACGAAAAAUAUAUAAACUCGCAAUUCCAUCUACUAGGCUCCGUAAAAUUGCUAAAUAUUUUAAAGUGGAUUGUGUUACACUUUAUAAUAAACUCCCAAAUUAAAUUAAAAAUUAUCAAUUAAAAAAAAUAAUGUAUCGUAAAUGAAUUAACAUCUUAAGUAUAUUAUAAUGUGAAACAUUAUUUGAAUGAUAAAGACAGUUGUGAUUAAUGUUUCUAAAUUUAUUGUUAAUGAAUAUUGUUACUCAUUUAAAUGCUAUUGUAACUUUUGUACUUCAUCCUGACUUGCACUAAAUAACUUGUAAAGUUUUACAGCGAAUAAAGGCUUUUAUGAAUUUGAA